CGCUGUCGCCUUCGCUGCCCGCCGCCGCCGCCGCCGCCUCAGCCGGGCCAGUGUGACCGCGGCCGUCGUGGGAGUCGCAGCCAGCCCCGGAGCCGCGUCCCUGCUUUGCUCGCUUCCCUCAUCGCCCCUGGGAUGCGGGGCCGCGCCUCGCCAUGACGGGCUCGGGGCGUCCCGCUCUCCGGCUCCGGCUCCAGCCCCAGGCGGCGGCUCCUCUCGGGGUGGUGCUGCGGCGCGCCGCCGCUGUCCGACCCGGCGCCUGCUGACUGCGGCUCCCGCUCCUCCUUCUCCUUCUCCUCCGCCGCGCCCACGCCCCGGCUCGGCGCUGGGUCCUGAGGAAAUUUGAACAUAACUUUGAAAGAAGACUUCUUUCUCAAUAUUUGAACUACAUAUAACAAGGCCGUCAGAAUGUCAGGAGCCUCAGUGAAGGUGGCUGUUCGGGUCAGGCCCUUCAAUUCCCGAGAGACCAGCAAAGAAUCCAAAUGCAUCAUUCAGAUGCAAGGCAAUUCAACCAGUAUUGUAAACCCAAAGAACCCAAAGGAAGCGCCAAAGUCCUUCAGCUUUGACUACUCCUAUUGGUCUCACACCUCGCCUGAAGAUCCUUGUUUUGCAUCUCAGAACCGGGUGUACAAUGACAUUGGAAAAGAAAUGCUCUUACAUGCCUUUGAAGGCUACAACGUUUGUAUUUUUGCCUAUGGACAGACUGGUGCUGGAAAAUCCUAUACGAUGAUGGGCAAACAGGAAGAAAGUCAGGCAGGCAUCAUCCCACAGUUAUGUGAGGAACUCUUUGAGAAAAUCAAUGAUAACAGUAAUGAAGAAAUGUCUUACUCUGUGGAGGUGAGUUACAUGGAAAUUUACUGUGAGAGGGUACGGGAUUUGCUCAAUCCAAAAAACAAGGGUAAUUUGAGAGUCCGAGAGCAUCCUCUUCUUGGACCCUAUGUGGAAGACUUAUCUAAGCUGGCAGUUACUUCUUAUACAGAUAUUGCAGACCUCAUGGAUGCUGGGAACAAAGCCAGGACGGUGGCAGCUACCAACAUGAAUGAGACCAGUAGCCGUUCCCAUGCUGUAUUCACCAUUGUAUUUACUCAGAAGAAACAUGAUUCUGAAACCGACCUCUCAACAGAGAAGGUCAGCAAGAUCAGUUUGGUGGAUCUGGCUGGAAGUGAAAGAGCUGACUCAACUGGUGCCAAAGGGACUCGAUUAAAGGAAGGAGCAAAUAUCAAUAAAUCUCUUACAACUCUGGGAAAAGUCAUUUCAGCCUUGGCAGAGGUGGAUAACUGCACCAGCAAGAGUAAAAAGAAGAAGAAGACAGAUUUUAUUCCAUACAGAGAUUCUGUUCUGACUUGGCUCCUUCGAGAGAAUCUAGGUGGAAACUCUCGGACUGCAAUGGUUGCUGCCCUUAGCCCAGCAGAUAUCAACUAUGAUGAAACUCUGAGCACUUUAAGAUAUGCAGAUCGUGCAAAACAGAUUAAAUGCAAUGCUGUCAUCAAUGAGGAUCCCAAUGCCAAGCUUGUUCGUGAACUGAAGGAGGAGGUCACAAGACUGAAAGACCUCCUUCGUGCUCAAGGGCUGGGAGAUAUCAUUGAUAUUGAUCCAUUGGUCGAUGAUUACUCUGGAAGUGGAGUCAAAUAUCUGAAAGAUUUUCAGAACAAUAAGCAUAGGUACUUGCUAGCCUCUGAGAAUCAACGCCCUGGCAAUUUUUCCACAGCAUCCAUGGGCUCCCUUACAACAUCUCCAUCUUCCUGCUCACUAAAUAGUCAGGUGGGCUUAUCAUCUGUGACCAGCAUUCAGGAGAGGAUCAUGUCUACUCCUGGAGGAGAAGAGGCCAUUGAACGUCUUAAGGAAUCUGAGAAGAUCAUUGCUGAAUUGAAUGAGACAUGGGAAGAGAAGCUUCGUAAAACAGAGGCCAUCAGAAUGGAGAGAGAGGCGUUAUUAGCUGAUGGAGUCGCCAUUCGGGAGGAUGGAGGAACUCUAUGGGGUAUUUCACCAAAGAAGACACCACAUCUUGUUAACCUCAAUGAAGAUCCGCUCAUGUCCGAAUGCUUGCUUUACUACAUCAAAGAUGGUAUUACACGGGUUGGACAAGCAGAUGCCGAACGGCGCCAAGACAUGAGUCUUAGUGGGGCUCACAUUAGAGAGCACUGCAUCUUCCGGAGUGAGAGAAAUCAGAACGGCGAAGUUAUUGUGACUCUAGAACCUUGUGAGCGCUCAGAAACUUAUGUGAAUGGCAAGAGGGUUGACAGCAUGUACAAGCUACGCUCAGGAAAUCGCAUCAUCAUGGGUAAAAACCAUGUUUUUCGUUUCAACCAUCCGGAGCAAGCACGGGCUGAGCGCGAAAAGACUCCAUCAGCUGAGACACCUUCUGAACCAGUCGAUUGGACGUUUGCACAGAGAGAGCUUCUGGAGAAACAAGGCAUUGAUAUGAAGCAGGAGAUGGAAAAAAGGCUCCAGGAAAUGGAAAUCUUGUAUAAGAAAGAGAAAGAGGAAGCUGACCUUUUGUUGGAGCAGCAGAGACUGGAUUAUGAAAGUAAAUUGCAGGCCCUACAGAAGCAGGUUGAGACCCGCUCACUUACUGCCGAAACCACUGAGGAGGAAGAGGAAGAAGAAGAAGUCCCUUGGACCCAACAUGAAUUUGAGCUGGCACAGUGGGCAUUCCGGAAAUGGAAAUUCCACCAGUUUACCUCAUUAAGAGAUCUGCUCUGGGGAAAUGCAGUUUACCUGAAGGAAGCCAAUGCUAUCAGUGUAGAGUUGAAGAAGAAGGUGCAGUUCCAGUUUGUUCUGCUGACUGACACACUGUACUCCCCUUUGCCACCUGAGCUGCUGCCUCCUGAGAUGGAGAAAACUCAGGAUGAUCGACCUUUCCCUCGUACAGUUGUGGCUGUGGAAGUACAGGAUCUGAAAAAUGGAGCAACACAUUACUGGUCUUUGGAAAAACUCAAACAAAGGCUGGAACUGAUGCGAGAGAUGUAUGACAGGGCUGGAGAAAUGGCUUCCAAUGCCCAGGAUGAUGGAGAGGCGACAAUGACUGGCAGUGACCCAUUUUAUGAUCGAUUUCAUUGGUUCAAACUGGUGGGAAGCUCCCCCAUUUUCCACGGCUGUGUGAAUGAGCGCCUUGCCGACCGUACGCCUUCCCCCACUUUUUCCACGGCCGAUUCCGACAUCACUGAGCUGGCUGAUGAGCAGCAAGAUGAAAUGGAGGACUUUGAUGAUGAGGCGUUCGUGGAUGACACUGGCUCUGACGCAGGGACGGAGGAGGGAUCGGAUCUCUUCAGUGAUGGGCACGACCCGUUUUACGACCGAUCCCCUUGGUUCAUUUUAGUGGGAAGGGCAUUUGUCUACCUGAGCAACUUGUUGUACCCAGUCCCCCUGAUUCACAGAGUGGCUGUUGUCAGUGAGAAGGGGGAAGUUCGGGGAUUUUUGCGUGUGGCAGUACAGGCUAUUGCUGCUGAUGAAGAAGCUCCUGAUUAUGGCUCUGGAAUUCGGCAGUCAGGAACAGCUAAAAUAUCUUUUGAUAAUGAAUAUUUUAAUCAGAGUGAUUUUUCUUCAGUUGCAAUGACCCGCUCUGGAUUGUCCCUUGAGGAACUAAGGAUUGUGGAAGGGCAGGGUCAGAGUUCUGACAUCAUUACUCUUCCAGAAGAAGUCAUUCGAGGGAAUGAACCAGACUUAAAGUCAGGCACUUUACUGGAUGGCAAAAUGGUGAUGGAAGGGUUUCCCGAAGAAGUUGGGGACCAUCUGAAGCUGGGCAGUGCAUUCACUUUCCGUGUGACAGUACUGCAGGCCAGUGGUAUUCUCCCAGAGUAUGCGGACAUCUUCUGCCAAUUCAACCCAGCAGCACUCUCCAGCACUUCCAAUCAGAGACAGCCCAAAUGCCCGGACCUGGCUCGAGAACUUCUAGAGCUCAGACCAAAGGGCAGUGAACAGGCUUUACCCCAGAUCCACUCCUCCUUGAGGGCCUCAGCUCAAGCUGUGAAAACAACAGAAAAAUGUGACAAACUCAGCCCAAACAUUCCCCCCAGAAGUGUCUACGGCAGCCUAAAACAAGUCGAGAGUCAACUUCUUACACGUCAUGAUGAAGCAUUCUCUACUGAACCCCUAAAAACAACGGCAGGGGAAGUCCUCUCGGUUUUUAUCACUGUUCAGAAUAUUGCAGUGGAAGUAACUGAAUCCUUUGUGGAUUACAUCAAGACCAAGCCUAUAGUAUUUGAGGUUUUUGGGCAUUACCAGCAACACCCUCUUCAUGUUCAGGGACAGGAGCUUCACAGUCCUCCUCAACCAUCCCGUCGAUUCUUCCCUCCACCCAUGCCACUCUCCAAACCAGUGCCAGCAACAAAGUUGAACACUAUGAGCAAAACCAGCUUGGGCCAGAGUAUGAGCAAAUAUGACCUUCUUGUUUGGUUUGAGAUCAGUGAACUGGAACCUACGGGAGAGUAUAUUCCAGCUGUGGUUGAUCACACUGCAGGCCUUCCCUGUCAAGGGACAUUUCUGCUUCACCAGGGCAUCCAGCGUAGGAUCACAGUGACCAUGAUCCACGAGAAAGGCAGUGAGCUCCACUGGAAGGAUGUUCGAGAGCUGGUGGUGGGUCGAAUCAGGAACAAAGCAGAGGUGGAUGAUGCUGCUGUUGACGCCAUUCUCUCUCUGAACAUUAUCUCUGCCAAGUAUCUGAAGUCUUCCCACAACUCCAGCAGGACUUUCUAUCGGUUUGAGGCUGUGUGGGACAGCUCUCUGCAUAACUCUCUCCUCCUGAACAGAGUGACACCCUACGGAGAGAAGAUCUACAUGACUCUGUCAGCUUACCUAGAGCUUGACCAUUGCAUUCAACCAGCUGUGAUCACUAAGGAUGUUUGUAUGGUCUUCUAUUCAAGAGAUGCCAAGAUCCCACCACGUUCUCUUCGCAGCUUGUUUGGGAGUGGCUACUCAAAGUCCCCAGACUCAAACCGUGUAACUGGAAUUUAUGAACUCAGUUUAUAAAUGGCAGACACAGGCAGUCUGGUAUGCAAAGGAGGAGAAAAAGUUUUGGACACAUCUGUGGACAUAUGUCCGGGGAGAAGAGACCUAGCAGGCUGGCGACCCAGAGGAGACAGCCUUAUUCUUGAGCAUCAGUGGGAACUGGAGAAGCUAGAGCUUCUACAUGAGGUAGAGAAGACUCGCCACUUCCUGCUGCUCCGUGAGAAGCUUGGUGACAGCAUCCCCAAGUCUCUGAGUGAUUCACUGUCUCCCAGCCUCAGCAGUGGCACUCUGAGCACCUCCACCAGCAUCUCUUCUCAGAUCUCCACCACCACCUUGGAGAGUGCAGUCACACCAAGUGAGAGCAGUGGCUACGACUCAGCUGACAUCGAGAGUCUGGUGGAUCGGGAGAAAGAGCUGGCUACCAAGUGCCUGCAACUUCUCACCCAUACUUUCAACCGAGAAUUUAACCAGGUGCACAGUAGCAUCAGCGACUGUAAGUUGUCUGAUAUUUCUCCAAUUGGACGAGAUCCAUCAGUGUCCAGUUUCAGCAGUGCCACUCUCACUCCUUCAUCUACCUGCCCCUCUCUGGUAGACUCAAGGUGCAGCUCAGGGGAUCAGAAGACCCCAGAAGCUAACUCCCGGGCCUCUAGUCCCUGCCCAGAAUUUGAACAGUUCCAGUUGGUCCCAACAGUGGAGACCCCAUACUUGGCUCGAGCUGGGAAAAAUGAAUUCCUCAACCUCGUCCCAGAUAUUGAAGAAAUUAGACCUGGCUCAGUGGUCUCUAAGAAGGGAUACCUCCAUUUUAAGGAACCAUAUUCCAGCAAUUGGGCUAAACAUUUUGUAGUGGUACGACGUCCAUAUGCAUUCAUCUACAACAGUGACAAAGAUCCAGUAGAGCGAGGGAUCAUUAACUUAUCUACAGCCCAAGUGGAAUACAGUGAGGACCAACAGGCUAUGGUGAAGACAUCUAAUACCUUUGCUGUAUUCACAAAGCACCGUGGUGUCCUUUUGCAAGCUAUCAACGAUAAAGACAUGAAUGACUGGUUAUAUGCCUUUAACCCACUCCUUGCUGGCACAAUACGGUCAAAACUCUCCCGCAGGCGCACAGGUCCACUGAAGUACUAAGCAGAUGCUGCAGAGCCCCCUCCCUCGCCUUCAGACAGAGAGCAAGGGGCACCGCUCAUUCUCCUUGUGCUUCUUGAUGGUUUUCCCAUACGUGCUCCUGCGGCUUAACUACUGCUUCUUCCCCACCCAGUGGUUUUUCUAGCCUCUUGUUCCCCAACCCUUCUUGCUCUGUCCUCUUUUCAUUUCUCCUAUGCUGAGAAUACUACUAGUAGCAUGUGGUCAAACAAAAGGAAAAAAUGGGAAAAAAGGGGAUCCAAUGAAUCUCCAAAUUAUUUCUGUUGGGCUAGGGGUGUUCAUUUCGGAUUAUCAGUUAGCUCUUCUGACCACCUUUGGUGUCUGUACUGCUAUCUUUGGAUAUUUUUGUCUGUCUUUGAAAACUGCUUAUGACUUUUCUUCCCCUUUCCCAAUUUGUGGUGAGGUCACUACAGUUGUCCCUCAUGACCUCAAACCUACAAGAAGAAGGGAUCCAGCCCCUUUGUGACUUGGAAAAGGGGCCAUACCCUGCCAGAAACCACAGUUAGAUCACUUUCUCUGUUUUUUUGUUUUCCUUCUUUUUCUGGCUCUGGUUUAUCCUUAAGUUUCUUUCCAGACAAAGCGGCUAGAAUGAAAAUUGGACACUUCACUCUUUCCGAGAACUAAUUGGAGCUGCCCUGAAAGGAGAUUCUAUAAUAGUUCAGUUGAAGGUUGGGACUCUUGGGGAGGAAAUUAUUUCCAGUAGGCUUGAAGCAGUGGCUUUCGCUAGGAAGGUAGCUCUACUGUUGGCACCAGGUGAGGAUUGUGAGAUGUCAGCUUGCAUGUCACUGGGACAUUAGGGUCCAAACCAUUUGGGGUGAAAAUGGGUAGACGAGUUCUACCAAGGCAUCGCUCCCUCUCUGUCCCUUGCAGCUGGAAAAACACAAUCCCUGUGGGCCAUAUGACUCUGAUUAGGAAGGAAAGUUUAUUCACUGGAGUUUGAAACUCAUCUCCUUAGCACUAGCAAUGUCGCUGGGGCCUCCCCUCUGAACUCCAUGCAUUGCAGUGUGCGAAUUAGCCAGAAGGGCUAUAAUAUUGAUGAGGUCAUAAUCAACCCAGCAAACCUAUUAUCACAAUGAGUGGUAGUCAAGAGUCCCUACCUUUAGUCCCGCUGGCUUUCCUCCACAAGGAGGAAGUAUAGUCCCUCUGUACCCCUAUAUACUUCUAGCUUUAUUUUGCAUCUCCCUGAGCUGAGGUGGCCAAAACAAAAUCUCCUCUGUGUGUGUCUGUGUGUCUGUGAGAGUGAGUGAGUGAGUAAAUUUGGGGUCAGGUUUUUCCUUCCCUUGGAGAGAAGCUUUCUUCUUUUACAUUCUCUUGUCCCUCAUGCUCUCUGCCUUUCUUCUAGAGAGUGAGAGGGUCUUUCUGGUCAGUAGGGAGAGAGAGGAGAAGGCCGCUGAGCAAGGGAGUCCUCGCCUUCAGCCAUCUUGAUCUGCUUUGGGGGGCCAGUGUACUGUGUUGAUGCUGUCAGCCUAUCUUUUCUUUUAUUGGCCAUUGAAUUUUACAGAAUUGACAGAAGAGAACAAAGGUCUCCAGGUUACCUCGGUUAAUUUACUAGAUGACUGGAGAUGCUUAUGCCAUCCUCUGCUUCCUUCCAAAGUAGCCACUCACUUCCACCCUAGCCACAGGUGAAGGCCAUGCACUGAGAUCUCGGCCUUGAGGUUGAUGGCAUUCCCCAACAGGGCACGGCUGGAUUAUUAUUACGGUGGCAGCCAGAGGAGCUGUUGCUAUAGGGGCUGUUAACCCCCUAGUUAGGCCUCAUCCCUUCAGCACUAAGUGUCCCAGCGCUGCUUUGCAGUUAGGAGGGUAAGCAAGUGGGAGAGCUUAGUACAAGAGGCUCAGGAAGGCAGAGAUCGUAACUGGAAAGACUGAAACCCUCUCUCAUGGACUCUUCUACUGCCCCUUCUCGUUUGUUUUAUUUACUGUUUGUGGGAUUCUUACUGCACUCAGAUGUUUCUUUGUUAUCUCUGUAAUGGACACAACAUGCAGUCCUGGCGUGGUACAAACCAGGAUCGGCUCAUGCUGUGGAUGGCUUCCUAGGUCGAAGUUCAUCUUGAAAAACAAAGUGGAAAUACACUUCGGCAUUGCGUGAUAAGGCUGAGGCUGUGGUGAUGCCUGAUACAAGAGGACAUAUCUGUCACACGUGUGGGUGAAAAAGGCCAAAAGGCAGUGAAAUCAUGUGGCACACUCAAGUGACUUGGGUUUAGUUUUGGUUUGUUUUGUUUUCGGUUUGUUUUUUAAGUAGAAAAAAACUAGUUGGGAAAGUCUUUGCUUUGGAUAAGUCAGAUGAGAGCACGUUUAACUGAAUUACCUACCCAUCUACACUGAACAUAGCUAAGAGACCUGUUUGAAAGCCAGAGGAACGGCGCCAUCCUGUGGCGGGGACUGGGAUGGCCGUGUGGCUUCUUGCCCCCAUUGAAGCUUCUUUCCCCCUCCCACCUGGCCCCGAGGCACAGCUUGUGUGUCUCCUUUUCUACAAGGGACCCAUUUUGUGUCUGGAAACUGCAUUUGAUGGACUGUGCUUGCACCACUCCCAGGUCCCCAGGAAGUGGGUCUAUGGCAGCGAUUGCCACAUGAUGCUUUGAGUAGACAAAUCCAACCGCAGUCACAGAAAUGGAAGUGUAGAGUGAUUUUGAGUUACUUGCUGUUCAGAUUUUCACAAGGCAAUCCUGAUUAGCCUUAGAUCCUUUAAAAAACACCCUGAGAAUUAAAGGGUGAUGGUUAAAAACCACGUAUUUUUUUCUCUCCUUUCCUUGUCCUCUCUCGUCUGCUCACACAUCCUUCCCCUUAAGAAAGCAACAAGUCGUGUUCAAAAAUACUGCCUGAUUUGGUGCAGCCUGCUUGGGAGUCAGCCAGCUCUCAGGGCAGGGACCAUGCCAGGGGCCAGCCAACCCACUGAUCAUGGCUACCAGCACAGAGUAGGCAAUGAGGCCAGAACACACAGUUUCAAUAAUGACCUGGAAUUCUUAAAAAUUUUUUUAAUUGUUUCACUAUCUCAAAAAACAAUUGUUCCCUAGCCAAGAAACAACCACCCCAUGACAUUUGGAAUUUUUCUGCAGCUAUACACAAUUUAUGAACCACUUACACUUUACAUUUUUUUUUCCUAUUCUAAGAUAAGGGGAAGGAAUAAAAUCAUUGUAAAAGGUCUUUUUCAGACCCCAAAAAUAAUGUGACUUUCCUGGCACAUAUUUCAAAGCAAAGACUUUGCUGCCUGCUGCUUAUUACCUAAUUUACAGGGAUAUUUAAUUUUGUUUUGUAAUGUAUUGUAUAUUUACAUAUCUGUAAUGAAUUGCACAUUAGACUGGAAAAAAGGAUUCUCCAGAGGUUGGCACUGAUUGGUGUUCUGUGUUUGACUCCUACUGCCUGGCCACCAUUCUGUUUCUAUUGUUCAGCAUCAAUUCUUCCAGUUUUUAUGGGCCUUUGUCUUUCAUUUUAGUUCUGUUCUCUUUUUAAAGGCCAGUUGUUAACCUGCUUCUUAAAAAGAGACUAAUGCUGCUGUUCUUGGAAGGUUUGCUGAAUGAAUGUAUUUAAAAUCUGACUCUUAACCUGCAUUUGUCCACUGUGGCUACUAAUGAAUUACCCCGUGUUCCGAACUAUGACUGUAUGUAGUGGGAAUGUAUUCACCUUGUGCUUCCUUGUUAAAUGGAAACAUCAGCUGUUCAGUAAGGAGAGAGUUUUGUUGUUCAAAAGGUCAUUUACGAGAUUUUGGUCCAAGCCCCAUGAGAAAUUUAGGAAAACCAUCAGUUAUAUAAGAAAAGAAAACUUCUGUAACUGAUAAUUGAGUUUCUCUCCCAAACCCACAACCCAACAGCUGUGCUCAGAUGGAAAGCUAGAGUAAUGCUGGUGUCUCACCACACCUUUGCUGCCGUGUUGUUUUCUUAUGUCUGGCAUUAGUUGACCCACAUGGUUCCAUCAAUACUCAUGUGUUUUGUGUAUUUUCGAUGUUGUUGCUAAAAACGCUGUUCCCCUUCUCCCCAUCUCCCAUCGCCAUCCUCUCACCCCACAACAAAAACCAUAAAGCAUAAGUGGCCUUCUUGAACCAAUACUUUGCAAACUGAUCUCUCCCCAGUGAAGGAAUCAAGCACAUUAGCAAUGAUGUACAUUAUUAUUAAUUUCAGAUUUUCAUUUCAUGUUUUAUUUUGUAAAUAUAUCUGAUGUUUGGAGCUUCAGUAUACAAAAUGUAAAUAGAGUUCAUGUAUUUGUACUAAUUCUGAUUCAUUUGCUGUAUAGCCUUAGAUGUGCAAUGCAGACAUUAAAUAACUGUGUAUGGUAACCUUGCACCAUGGAACUGUUAGUGAACGAGAUAAAAUAAUAAAGGUACAACCAGUGCA